AUGUUUGACAAGAAGAAGAGCACAAAGGAGCUCUCCGACAAUAGCUCGGAUGACUACGAGGCCAACAUUCAGCCUGCCACCGGGAUCGUCGAGGAUGCCGUCUUCGGCGAGCUCAACGAGGACGGUCCCAACUACCGCGGCCUCGGCAAGUGGGGUUCGCUCAUCAUCAUGACCAAGGCCAACCUCGGUCUCGGUGUGCUUGCGCUUCCCUCCGUCUUUGGCGUCCUCGGCAUCGUCCCCGGUGUCAUCUGCAUCGUCGUCGUCCAGUCCAUUAUUGCCUACUGCUCGGUUGUCAUUGGUACUUUCAAGCUUAGGCACCCCACCGUCUACGGUCUUGCCGAUGCCGGUGGAAUCUUUGGCGGUCGCAUCGGAAAGGAGUUCUUCUACGUCGUGUACACCAUCUUCAUGGUCUUCAUUAUCGGUUCUGCUCUUGUGGGCCUGUCUACCGCCCUCAACGCGGUCUCUGCCCACGGUGCAUGCACUGCCAUCUUCAUCUUCGUCGCUGCCGUCGCUGGCUUCCUCGUUGGCUCCAUCCGCACUCUUGGGAAGGUCUCGUGGAUCGGCUGGGUCGGUGUCGUCUCCAUCAUGUCGGCCAUCCUCAUCCUCACCGUUGCCGUCGGUGUCCAGGAACGCCCUCCCCUCGCUGCCCAGACCGGCCCUUGGGACAAGGACCUUCAGAUCUUUGGCACCCCUACGUUUGCUGGCGCCAUGUCGGCCAUCAACGGUAUCGUCUUCUCGUACGGUGGUACCCCCAUGUACUUUGGCAUUGUCGCCGAGAUGAAGAACCCCCGCCUCUUCGGCCGCAUGAUGGCGGUCUCCAUCUUCUUCCUCACCGUCGUCUACCUCAUCAUCGGCUGCGUGGUCUACUACUACUGCGGUCAGUACGUUGCCUCGCCCGCCCUUGGCAGUGCCGGUACUCUUCUCAAGAAGGUCUGCUACGGCAUCGCCAUCCCCGGCCUCCUCGCCUCUCUCACCAUCUUCGUCCACCUCUGCGGCAAGAAUGUCUUUGUCCGCAUCCUCGCCGGCUCCAAGCACCUCACCGCCAACUCUGCUGUCCACUGGACGACCUGGCUCAGCUGCACCUUUGGCUCGGUCAUGCUCGGUUACAUUAUCGCCUCGGCCAUCCCCAUCUUCGGCUCGCUCAUCUCGUUCAUUGGCGCGCUCAUUUGCCCCCUCGUCUGCAUUCUGCCUUACUGCGUCAUGUGGUGGCACGACCACUGGCGCGGCAAGACCACCGAGGAGCGCAAGAGGGGCUGGACUACUCCCCUUGCCAUCCUCAACCUUGUCAUCUUCGUCGUCGGCUGGUUCCUUCUCAUCGCGGGCACCUACGGUGCCGUGGUGGACCUGAUCAACACCACGGUCGACAACGGACCUUGGACCUGUGCCGACAACUCGGGAUCGGUCUAA